AUGGAAAGGCAAAACCCAAAUGCGGCCUGGCUUAGCCAGAGAGGAAUUUGGGUAACAAGCCUGGUUCUGGUUAUCUUCCUUAAGCUAACAUUCUCGGCAAAUAUAGUUGGAGUUGAGGCAUCUUGGACGCUAACAACUGUUGUUUUCAACGUCGUCUGCUGGGUCUUUUUCCACAGGAUUAAAGGGGUUCCGUUCGACGAUGCUGGAAUUCAGGGCGAAUAUGCAUGCCUCACGCUUUGGGAACAAUUAGAAGCGGCAGAAGAGGAAGGGCCAAUAGGACUAAGAACCAAAAAGAAGCGGGUAAUAUGCGGUUCUCCCCAGCUCUCUCCGAGAGAGAUUCCCGACAGUGUUAUCGGGGGAACAAGGCGAUCAGCCAUCAAGGCAGCAAGGACAAAGCGGUUUUUAAUUGUACUCCCAAUUGCGCUCUUCUUACUUAGCGCGCACAACUCACGCUAUGGCAUGCUUGCCUUUGCCUUGAAUUUCACGUCAACGCUUUUAGUUCUUCUCCCAAAAAUUUACAACUCCAAAUUGGUGUCCUAA